CAAUAUUGCAAUAUAUUGCGUCCAUAUAAAAAACUGUUUUCUAUGCGUGACUUCAAUUUAAUCGAUAAUAUGAAAACGACAAGGAGGUUGGUUAAACAAAUAGUUUAUAAACAUUAAACUGGACCAUAAAGAGAAAAAAGAUGCAGCGGCUAUUUCUACGGGCAUUGCUUUUCAGCUUAUGGUGUUCACUCACAAGCGGUGAUUGUCCUCAAAACGGCAACCCAUGGCAACCAGAAUGGAUGCCACUACGCAAUGACCUUCUUUGCGAUGAACGUUGCGACCGUUUCAAGGCUUCUCAAGUUGACUACAUUGUCGACGAGUAUACAAAUUGCUGCCAAUGUAAUUCAUGCACAAAAUGGGAAGGUCAAGAGGUGAAUUUGGACAUUGAGUAUACAACAGUUAGUGGAAAAGGUGUUGUUUUGGUCAACGAGCGAGUUAAUGAUACACUUGUGUAUAAAACGGAGAUGAGACAUGGUGAGUUAAGUGAAAUUCCAAGCAAUCUAUGUGGAUGGGAUAAAGAAGAACAUUAUGUGGACACGCUGUCAAGAAUGAACAUGGUGAAGGAUUUAAAUCAGUUUUAUAACCAGAUUGUUGUCAUUAAUUUCGAAUACAACAGUGUAAAGAAAUUGCCGGAUUUAAACUGUCUUACGAACCUUGACGGUAUUUAUCUUAAAGGUAAUAAGAUAUCACAUUUAAGUAACACAUCUUUCCAAACAUUGUCACAUUUGAGAAUAGUAGACCUUUCGUUGAAUAAAAUCGUCAACAUGGACCCAAAUGUCGUUUUCAAUACGGAUGUUAAUGUUUUGCAUUGGCAAUUUGAAAAUAAUGAUUUGAUUGAAGUUGACGUGACUAACUUUUUGCCGGCUCAUCCAUUUUGCGAAGUAGACUUUUCUGGAAAUGAAAUAGAACAGCUAACUAACAAAUUGAGUAUCACUCUGGAAAAUGAGAUAUAUGGUCCAGGAUUUAUCAGAUUGCAAGACAAUAAAAUAUCAACAUUUCCGGAUCUGAAAACUCUGUUCAACUUAGAAAGUCUCAACCAAUUUGGGACUUUGCUUAGUUUUGGUUUUGAUCUUCGUGGCGUUCCUCUGAUUUGUGAUUGUCAUAUGCAGCCAUACUAUGACCUGGGUAAAAACUACCUCGAAGCUCUCUGGCGAGACUUCUUUAACUUGACAUGCACAGCUCCCCCUAGCCUCAAAGACAAACCAGUGUUUGAAGUCGGUCUAUAUGAGCUUGUUUGUGAUCUGCACGUUGAAGACGGGUGUCCAAAACAAUGCACCUGCAUUGAUCAACCUCAGAAUAACACUGUGUUUGUCAAUUGUUCAAAUAAAGCUCUCGACAAAAUGCCACAAUUUCUCCCGAAUUCGACGUUCUCUGAAUUUAUUUCAUUAGACGUAUCAAACAAUUUCAUUCGAAAUAUAAGUGCCCCAUACCUAGAUAAACUUGUUCACUUGGAUGUGUCAAAUAACGCUAUUGUAGAAAUAGACGAAGAUGACAUCACUACCUUAAAGGAGGCUACAGUUGUUCUGUCUGAAAAUAAGCGCUUAAGGAGACUACCAAGAAAUCUUCAGUAUAGAAGCAUGUGCAACACAGUUAUUGUUUAUACUGAAAUAGAUUGUGACUGUACUAACAUCUGGAUUGAAAACUGGUUUCAUGCUAAGUCUUGUGAAGAUCAACCAAUAAAGAGUGUGGAUUUCAAAUGCCUUUUACCAGACAGAACAGUCAUAGAAGCAUCGGACUUUAAGUCAGAUAUUCUGCGCUGCGAAUAUGACACAACGUUACUUAAACAAAUGUCUUUGAUAUUUUCUUGUAUUCUUCUACUGAUUGUUAUUGGAGGAAGUUUGCUGUACAAGUUCAGAUAUGAAGCUAUAGUUCUUUGGUUGCGAUUGAAUCACAAGAGUAAAGACCCAAACAUGUAUACGUAUGACGUUGCUGUGACCUUUAAUGAAGAUGAUGACAUGCUUAGAGGUUGGGUAACUCGUACCCUUAUCCCAAGACUUCAUAAUGAGAGAUAUAAGGUUUUUAGAACUUAUAUAGACACGGAGUUUGGUGCGCACAGGGAUGAUGCAGUUGCAGAGACCUAUGCGAAAUGUCGGAAUUUUGUACUUAUUCUUUCUGAAAGUUACCUCGAGGAACGGCCUACUGCUGACGAAGAUAACUUUGAACAGGAAAGAAAAUGGACUGAGAAUGAAUGGAAAUUUGCAUGGCAUCAGUACAGGGCAGAUUACAAUAAAAACGUGUUAGUAAUAAACUACGAUCAUAUUUCUUCAUUUAACGUUGAACACCCUCAGAUAAGAGCUGUCUUACGCGUUGGACAUGUUGUGCAUUUUGGAAAUCACGUAUCAGAGAAUGAAGUAUUGGACGAGGUUGUUAGGAAAAUUGGACCUAGUUUAAGAGGAAAUCAAGGAGAAGUUGUUGCCAAGCCUUUCUUUAAAUGGAAAGGUUAUCCGGAGAUAGAUUCAGGUGAAAAAUUUGUUGAAAGCCAAAAUGAAAUGCAUCAAAAUAGUAAAAAAUCACCAGAUCUGGAUGUCCAUCUUGGUGUCCAUCGUUUUGUUUUUAGACCUAAAAUAAGCCCUGUCGAAUCAGACCAGAACAUACCUAUGACAACUCUUUCUGAAUGUAAAAGUAAGAAUGUUGAAUCACAAGAAGAAACGGAAGUUGUUCUUUCUGAAUGUAAAAGUAAGACAGGUCCUGUUGAACCACAGGAAAAAAUGGAAACUGUUAAGAAAAAAACUAUGACACCUUCAAAAUCCAGAUCUAAACAGAAAAGAUCGCAUGGUUUCAAGCAUCGACCAGAGGAAUUAGAUAAAGAAGAUGUAGAUAAUGAAGUAAAAUAUCAGGGUCAAAGCUGGGCCUAUUGUGAUACAGUUAAAUAUGAACCCGGACAAACUAUAAGCCGCGCCUACAAACCGCUGUAUGGCGAAAACAUAUCAUAUGUGUGACAAAUUUGAACAUAUUUCAAAAGAAAAGAAAACUAAUCUUGGAAUUUUAGAUCAUCUUAAAACAGUAAAAUACAAUAAUGUAUUAAAAUUACAAAGAAAAUCAAUCUUUUUUGGCAUCAACCUAUAUUGUGCACCAAACCACUUGUCGCGUCGGUCAUUGCGCCCGGACUCCGUAUGCGUAUACGUGUUUACUUGUAUUAUGUAAUGGUCAUUUAUAUAUUUACAACAUCUGUUGUCGUACCAGCAAUGCACAUUAUUAUUUUCAUUCCAUCCAUUCCUUUCAGGUCUUCCAGUCUUUUCAAUUCACCCAUAACUAAUAGCUCUCACUUUUAUUUUCAAAGUUUGCUUUCCUUUUCAUUUAGUAUGACUAGAACACGUACAUAUCUUGGAUAUAGGAUAUAAGAUUUCCCCGUACAUAUCGCAUUCAAUGAGUAAACAUGAUGGUAUAUUUGAGCUUUGUCUUUUAAUAAAUCCUUUGACUGCAGGUUGAGAAAUCAUGUGACUUAAAGGGGUUCUCAAAUAUGUCACCACGGGUCACACCUAAUGUAGAAAAGAAUUACGUUAACUCCUUUCUUUUGACAGAAAAGCUAUGAAAAUAUGUCUUAGCCUAUACAAUACUAUGCUAUUUUCUGCUUCUACACGUGUUUAAUAUUUAAGAGUUGCUUGUAUUUGAAUGAUGUAAAUCCUUGGCCAAGUAUUUUCAGAAAAACAGUAUUUUGUAGAAAGAUGCAACGCUGAGGUACACUGUCAAAGGUGAGCCGUGGUGACCUAUGUGAGAACCACUUUCAGUCACGUGAUUCCUCACCCUGACUAGUGACCUCGGUAUUUUUCAGCUUCCUAAAAAGAAGAACCUAUCUUUCGCAACACACAAUAUGUAAAUAUGAAACCUUUCGGAAACUUACAUGUUUUACCAAAAAAUAAAUAAAGAAAAUAAUAACACUUUA